AAGCGAAGGCGGCGCCGGGCGGGCGGCUCCGGGGCUGCGGCCCCGCCGGCGGCAGCGGCGCAGCGAUGCUCGAGGAACAACGCCUUGGACGUUUUCUGCGCGGGUCUAAUUUUAAACAGCCGCCUCGCUGAGUUGUGGGAGCGACACGCAGGAAAACGAGAUAAAUCUUUAUUCCGAGGCUUCAGGAGCCGGCUUUGCCCCGCGCCCGGCAGACGGAGCGACGCAGCAUCGAUCCAUCCGGCGCCGGAUCCUGCGCCCGCCUCCUGCCCCCAUGGCGCGGCCCCGGCGGCGGGGACGAGGCCGGCGCCCGCACCGUGCCGUCCCGCGUCCCCGGCAGCUCGCUCGCCCGGCAGCCCCUCUGCCGUGACGCUCCCGGCCCCGCCAUGGAGGAGCCCGACGGCACCCGGCGCCCGGGGGCGCCCGACGGCCUCCCCGAGGAGGCGCGGGAGCCGCGGGCGAAGCUCGGCCUCUCCGGCCGCAAGCUCUCGCUGCAGGAGCGCCCGCAGCCCGCCCGCUCGCCCGCCGGCGCCGAGGCCGCCCCCGAGCGCUUCAUCUACCCGUCGCUGCCCUACUCGCCGGUGACGUCCCCGCACGCCUCCCCGCGGCUGCCCCGCCGGCCCACGGUGGAGUCCAACCGCGUCUCCAUCACCGGCUUGCAGGACUGCGUGCAGCUCAACCAGUACAAGCUCAAGGACGAGAUCGGAAAGGGCUCCUACGGUGUCGUGAAGCUGGCCUACAACGAGGACGACAACACCUACUAUGCAAUGAAGGUCCUCUCCAAGAAGAAGCUGAUGAGACAAGCGGGCUUCCCCCGCCGCCCGCCUCCCCGCGGCGCCAAGGCCGCCUCCGAAGGCUGCGUGCAACCCAAAGGGCCCAUCGAGCAGGUCUACCAAGAGAUUGCCAUCCUGAAGAAGCUAGACCACCCCAACGUGGUGAAGCUGGUGGAGGUGCUGGAUGACCCCAGCGAGGACCACCUGUACAUGGUGUUUGAGCUGGUGAAGCAAGGGCCCGUGAUGGAAAUCCCAACCUUGAAACCUCUCACCGAAGAUAAGGCUCGCUUCUACUUUCAGGACCUCAUCAAGGGCAUUGAAUACUUGCACUAUCAGAAGAUUAUCCACCGGGACAUUAAACCUUCCAACCUCCUCGUUGGGGAAGACGGGCACGUCAAGAUCGCCGACUUCGGCGUGAGCAACGAGUUCAAGGGUGCUGACGCCCUCCUCACCAACACGGUGGGCACCCCGGCGUUCAUGGCACCGGAGACGCUCUCGGAAACCAGGAAAAUCUUCUCUGGGAAGGCUUUGGAUGUCUGGGCCAUGGGAAUCACGCUUUACUGCUUCGUGUUUGGGCAGUGUCCUUUUAUGGAUGAAAGGAUCCUGAGUUUACACAAUAAAAUCAAGACUCAAACCUUGGAGUUCCCAGACCAGCCGGAAGUUACAGACUUCUUGAAGGAUUUGAUUACGCGGAUGCUGGACAAAAACCCCGAAUCGAGGAUUUCGGUCCCAGAAAUCAAGGAAAGUACUGUGCAACAGCCUUUCGCAGGAGAUUUCUGGUCCUCCGCCCCUGCGGGACGCUGGAAGGGGCGAGAAGCUGAGAAAAUGGAGACGAAGUUACACCCCUGGGCGACCAAGAACGGCGCGGAGCUGCUGCCCACGGAGGACGAGAACUGCACGCUGGUCGAGGUGACGGAGGAGGAGGUGGAGAACUCGGUCAAGCACAUCCCCAGCCUGGCCACCGUGAUCCUGGUUAAAACGAUGAUCAGGAAGCGAUCGUUUGGGAACCCCUUCGAGGGCAGCAAGCGAGAGGAGCGGUCGCUGUCUGCGCCCGGGAACCUGCUGACCAGGAAGCAAGGCAGCGAGGACAACCUGAGGUGCAAUGACCUGCCUAACGUGGGAGAGGAGGAAGUUCUUUCAUGAGCAGCAACGUUGUGGUUCUGUUGAGCAACGCGGUCUGGGGCGCUUUCUAAAGCGUGCAGCCGAGGAUGAUGGCUAUUAACAGAGCCUACACCGAACACAGCAUGACGUGGCGCUAUUUCCGUAUAAUGCUGGAUGUAGAGCUUACAUAGCAGCAUGUUGUAAGACAUCCGACUACAGUACUUGUCAUAAACAUUGAACAUCUCCGAUUGCUUGGACUGCUGACUUAUCGCGGGAAGGGUGCUGGCGGAGACGCGAAAGGUGAGCUAUGGUGAGCAGCAACAGUGCUUUGCAAAAAAAAAAAAAAAAGCAGACAGAAUGCAGUUGAGACUGCUUUUACAUGGUUUUAAUGCCAAAUAAUUCACAGGGACUAUUGCCAGCGUCCCGGGGGGGUUGUGUGCCCAUCUUACACGCUGUAUGGGCAUACACAGAAGUGUGAAGCUUUUGCAAAGUGGCAUACACAACAGUAAAACUACACUUAUGCACUUUUGAGAGUUCACGACCUACUGGAAAUGUUGUUGCAUCUUUUCUUGUUGUUCUGUUUUUGUUUUAAAUUGACACAUUUUUAACUGCAUGGGAACAAAGCAAAAAAAACCCCACUUCUUCAGCUUUUUUAAGGAUGCCUACCUUUGUGAGCCAACUUGUAUUAAAUAGCGUCUCUGGGACGUUCAGAAAGUAAUGCUAGUUACAGUGUUUGAGGAUGCCACUUUUCCUAAGGUCCUGAUGUUGGUAAGACUAGAGAUUCACAAGUUAAGUAUUCAGUGUACGAAAGGAAAAGGUAGUUAAGGGCUUAAGUUCGGUCUGAACUUUUCUUUUGCUGCGGGCGUAUAAGUGAAAGAUGGUGUUUAGCUGAAUGCCUGUUUUGAACAGCAGAGGAAGCACUAAAAAAAGUUUGUUUCUGAAUCUUUUACUUGACCUAGAUGCGUAUAUUGUUAAAUAUAAAAUUCAGGGUAAAAUCCUUCACUUCCAUGUACAUUACAUGGUUUACUACAAUUAAAAAUAAUACAAUACUUACGCUAUUUUUUAAGUGUAGACUUAGGGCUUGCUUAGAAUUCUUAACAAAAUACUUAGAUUAGCUAGUAAUUUUGAAAGAAAUUUUUCUUUUCCAAACUCUUAAUUUCGAUUUUUGGGGCCAAUGCUAUGUAUUUUUUGCAAGUUUGUUACCAGUAGUUUGUGAAUGCUUGUGGAUCAAGGGCUUGUUAACUGAACUUAGUAAAUUUAGUGUAUACCUAAUACGUGGCGUGUUUCUUAUGAAGAGUUCUUUCACCUUCAGUCAGAUUACUCUGAUUACCUUGUGGUGCUUGUAAAACCUCAGUAACACGUCGCAGGACGGACUCUGGCGUCUCGGCUCGCUUUCACAGGUUCUUUGCGCUUUGCAAAGGGCGGACUGUAGCGGAGCUGGCUGCGCGGCACGGUGCGAGUGAGGAGAGGAGUCACGGUAAGCGCAGUUGUGGACGGAGGGAAGGAAAAGAUUUGGCUUCUCAGUCCUGCUACUGCUGAGGUUGUCACCUUGAACGAGGCACGUAGAAUGGCUUUGCACCUGUACGAUGGGGACGAGUCAAAUGUCCCAGCUUUGUGAGGGACUGGCAAGGCCCAAGAUCCGAGUGUUUUCCGUAACGGUGAGAUUUCUGCCUACCAGCUCUGGCCGCAGCUGCCCCGUUGUAGGCUUUUAGGAAGCGGCUUGUUACAUUGCCAUCCUCAAUUUUGUGCACAGCAACAGAGCGCUGAUGUUCUCAGUCCUGCUACAGUCAGCUCUGACCCACAACUCCUAGUCACGCCAGGCCUCUGUUAAAGCCUGGCCGGUGUUAAGAAGUGCACAGGUGCCUGCACAAACUGGCCCUUGUUCAGGAGGGCCCCUGCAUCUUUUGAUCACAUGAAGCAAUGCUUCCCCUAGAUUUCAUUUUAUUACCAAAAAUUUGUACUGCUAGCCUUUCUCCAAAGCCAGUGACUACAGCUUCUGCAGAGGUUCAUGGUUUAGGAGCAGCACUAUGGAGUUUGAAGCCAUGAGACGCACGAUUUUCCUCCCAGUUUGGUCUGAGGCUAUGCCAAAGCUCUGCAUCUUCAGACAGAGGAAAACCAAACACGUAACAGAUGUCAGCACUGCUACUGCUGCAUAUGUUCCCCCCACCCUAAACCUGCCCCUCCCCCCCCCCAAAGCAAGACCUUUUUAUUGUGGAAAUACUUGAUUGAGAAUGGUCAGUUUUGUUCUGUGGCCUUGUUCUGGGGGGAAGAAAAUCUGACUGCUUAUAGCCAUUGCAGAGUGAUAUGUGGCAUGUCUUUUGUUCAAAGUGAGUGUGCUGUAGAGAUGCUUAGUGCUAUAUUAUCUCCAUUUUUGUGAUUUGGCAAGUGCCUAGCAAGGUGGUUUAAACUUACCAAACAGGCUUGCUAGGUACAAUGCAGCUUCUAAACAGACUAACCUAUCCCAGGUCCUAGAUGCCCAACCACAUGGUGACUGGGCUUCAGCUAUUAGUACGGAUCAGUGUCUUAAGGCCAAAGUAGUGGGCUCGGUUCAUGAGCAUCCCAAAGCUCAGCACUUCCUUAAAACACACCUCAAAACGACCAUCUGUUAGUGCCAGCUCCAGUAAAGCUGCAGCCAAAUGCAUGUUUCUGAAUGAAAUUUGAUGUAGAUUUCCUUGUUGAUUAGUUCUAUGAAAGUAUAAACCUUGGAUGUGCGAGAAAGAUCUCUUUAUCUAAAUGCAUGACCUGUUAGAGAAGCUGUACUGUAUAUACAAAUCUGCUCAGUUCUGUAUCUGCUGUUUAGUAGUGAAGCUAGUUUUUUUCCUUAUAGUGAAGAUUUUGCUUGUGCCUUGGAACUGGGUUACAGCUUGAUUUUCCCCAAUUCCCUUACUUUUAAGUAAGCCCAGUGCUAACUAUGGUUACUGCUGGGUCCUAAGCCUUUUUUUUUGGCUCUGAAAGCACAUGGGAAAGUGCUAAGGGGAAAACAGGCCUCUUGUCUCGAGUAGUUUUUCUUGGUGGACCCCCUAGUCUCUAUCAGGCAAUUGAUCUAUUUCUAAGGUCCUGAAACUAUUGCAGGUUUUUAUACUGUUUUGUUUAAUGACCAAGGCUUGUGUUUCAUUCCUACCCCUUUAUUAUGCAUUUAACUUUAUCAGGUGUAUCAAGUUUAAAUACUGUGUAUUUAUCACUUUUAAAUUAUAUUACCUAAGGAAAAAAAGUGUUUUCCACACAGCUGUUCAAGCUUCUCUGUACAAGUUGAAAUAAACAACAUGCAACCAAA